GCGGCGUCACGAGGAGACGUUCUAGGAGCAGCACUCUAUGGUUGUACUGAAGGGAGAACAAGCGUUGAAGGCUAAGGCCGCUCGUCGCUGGAGGACCCGAGCUUCCUCCGGGGGUGAGAAGGGAUAAAAUGGCCGUCGUGAGGCCGCCCGGGCCUGUUACCCGUCGCUGUAUCCCUAUUCCAUUGCGGACGGGCAGGUGAAGGCGGGCCGGAGGGGGAUAACCCAGCCUAGGAGACGGAGGACCAUGGGCUCUCAGACGCUGCAGAUCCUCCGGCAGGGAGUCUGGGCUUCCAUCACCGGGGGCUGGUACUACGACCCCCACCAGAGCACCUUCGUCAACACCCUGCACCUCUACAUCUGGCUCUUCCUGCUAUGUUUCCCCUUCACCCUGUACAUGGCACUUCCCUCCUCUCUGGUGAUUGUAGCCGUGUACUGCCCAGUGGUAGCAGCAGUUUUCAUAGUUUUAAAACUGGUGAACUACCGGUUGCACAGGGCUUUGGAUGAAGGAGAAAUUGUAGAAAGGAGUGCCAGUGAGCUGACGGAGCGGGUGGCGAAAGCGGAACGCAGUGACAGCUCGGCCAGAAGAGAGGACAGCAAUGGACCCGGUGACCCAGGCGGAGGGAUUGAGAUGUCGGAGUUUGUAAGAGAAGCCACGCCUCCUGUUGGUUGCAGCUCACGUAAUUCCUAUUCUGGGUUGGACCCAAGUAAUCAGAUUGGGAUGUCUAGAUAUGGUGUCGCAUCAACAAGUAAAGGGGAUACAGACGCUGCAAAGACCUCAGAUGAUAUCAGUCUGAGCCUUGGCCAGAGCUAUAGUUUGUGCAAAGAAGGAAGUGAAGACCAAGAUUUGACUGUGGAUCAGAAGCUUUUCCGUCUCGUCUCCAACGACUCCUUUGUCUCCAUCCAGCCUUCAAUAUCUUCUGGAGGCAAGGACCUAAACAGGGACUACAGUGACAAAGGUUCAAUUGCAACACACAGCCACCAUCACCAUGUGGAUUUAUCACUGUCUAACGCCUGUGACACAGAAAUGGCUUCACUCGUUCCAUUGCAUUCGCACUCAUACAGGAAAGACCAUAGACCAAGAGGUGUCCCAAGAACUUCAAGCUCUGCUGUUGCUUUCCCAGACACUUCCCUAACAGACUUUACCCUCUAUCAACAAAGGCGCGGGCUGGACCCUGUUAGUGAACUUGAAGCUUCCAAACCACAUUCUGGGUCCAAAGAUUCUCUCAUAGAUAAUGCUUGCGCUUCAGGGAUUUUUCAAUUAGACUGUCUCAAAAGCAAAGGAGCCCAGCAGCUUUCAAGGAACGAUAGCGUGAAACACAUGAAGUCUGACAAAAGCAUGGAUAGCUUAAGGAGCCUUAGCACGAGGAGCAGUGGCUCCACCGAGAGCUACUGCAGCGGGACAGACCGGGACACAAAUAGCACCAUCAGCAGCUACAAAAGUGAACAGACCAGCUCAACUCACGUGGAGAGCAUCUUAUCGGAACACGAGGAUGCGAUGGGUGUAAAGAGAGGCCUUUGUAGUGACCCAGAGGAGGAGCGCAGUUCAGCUACUGAUAAAAGGACUAGUAGCGUUCGGACGGCUGUAGAAAGAAACACGGCUCAGAAAACCAAGGAGGCGAACACGUCUGACGAUGUGCAGAGUCCAAGGGGACUUAGCUCGUCCGCAUCUGAAGAAGCCAACAAGAACCCACAUGCGAACGAACUGACUGCGCAAGCCGACUGGCUGCCCGGAAGGCUCUCUGUAAAUCAUGACGAGCCGGGCGAGAAACCAGUGAUUUUAGUAGAUUUAAGAUCCUUUAAAGAAACGGGUAUCAAGCAUCGGGAUAGCGACGUACGCCCCAAAUCAUCCAGUUUAAUACACAGGACGUCCUCUUCUCACAAAUCGUGCAGGAGGCGGACGGGUAAAAAAAGAGCCAGCAGUUUUGACGCCAGUAGACACAAAGAAUACGUCUCUUUUCAAGGCAUAGCUGAUACCAAACCUCACAGCACUGGGUUUUGUCACGACGAGGAUUCUAGCGACCAAAGCGACUUGAGCAGGACCUCAAGCGUGCAGUCGGCCCAUCGUUUCAGCAGCGAUAGCUCUUCCAGCACUACUUCCCAUUCAUGCCAGUCUCCUGAGGCCAGAUACACUGCUCUAAGAACAAAAUAUCACAUCAGAGAGAGAGGAGCAGAAACACAUCGAACUCACUUAAGUUGUGAAGGAACCAGUAAAAAGCGUUCCAACCGCAGAACUUCCAGUGCAAGUGGUACAAAGAGCCGUGGCAGGGUGUUAAGCCUGGACAGUGGCACUGUAGUUAGUUUGGGCGAUCCUAACAGACUGGCAGCCCCUGAAAGUGUCAAACCAUUAACCACUUCAAAGUCCGAUCUAGAAGCCAAAGAGGGUGAAAUUCUAGAUCAGUUGUCAUUGCUAGGGCGGGCUUCACAGUUAGAAUCUGUAACUCGUUCAAGAAAUAGUUUACCCAGCCAGGUUACAUUUCAAGAUGUCGAGGAGAGAGAAUCGGCUGUUGGAGCCCAUACCGGCGAGGAGACUGUAACAUUUCGGCGUGAACGCAGCACAUUUAGGCGCCAGGCCGUACGGCGCAGACACAAUGCAGGGAGCAAUCCCACUCCUCCCGCAUCACUCAUCGGAUCACCCCUCAGCCUUCAAGAUGGUCAUCAAGGCCAGCAGCCAUCAACCCAGGUCAAAGUCCAGUCCCGCCCCCCUUCCCAGGCUGCAGUGCUCAGCGCUAGCGCCUCCUUGCUGGUGAGAAAUGGGAGUGUCCACUUAGAAGCAUCACAUGACAAUGCAUCUGCCGUAGCCAAUAGCAGUUUGCACGAUGAACUUGGUAUGCAGGCCUUAUGUAACCUUGGUGACAUGGAAGUUUUAAUGCAGCACAUUUUGGGUAAAUUCACCCCAUCUCUCUAUGAAACUGGUGGCUGUGACAUGUCACUAGUAAACUUUGAGCCUGCGGCACGGAGAACAUCCAAUAACCUCUGUGACACAGAUUCCCAUGUAUCAAGUUCUACCUCAGUUCGAUUCUACCCACAUGAUCUACUCUCUCUCCCCCAGAUCCGAUUAAAUAGGCUGCUGACCAUAGACACAGACUUGUUAGAGCAGCAGGAUAUGGACUUAAGCCCUGACCUGCAGGACCAGAUGCAGCCCCAGGAGCAGGCAUCCCACAAAGUGAAACACUACUACCGCUUCUGGAUUCUGCCCAAGCUCUGGGUUGGCAUCAACUUUGACAGGCUGACACUCUUGGCCUUGUUUGACAGGAACCGAGAGAUCCUAGAAAAUGUGCUGUCAAUCAUUCUUGCAAUUCUGGUUGCCUUUCUGGGCUCCCUUCUGCUCACAGAAGGAUUCUUCAAAGAUAUCUGGGUCUUCCAGUUUUGUCUUGUUAUUGCCAGCUGUCAGUACUCUCUCCUUAAGAGUGUUCAACCUGACUCUUCUUCCCCUAGACAUGGCCAUAACCGUAUCAUAGCCUAUAGUCGGCCUGUUUACUUCUGUGCCUGUUGUGGCCUUAUUUGGUUACUAGACUAUGGAAGCAAAAACCUGUCUGCCACCAAAUACAAAUUAUAUGGAAUGGCCUUCACCAAUCCUCUGCUCCUCAUCUCAGCCAGGGACUUAAUCAUUGUGUUCACGCUCUGUUUCCCAGUUGUGUUUUUUAUCGGUCUCCUGCCUCAGGUGAACACAUUCGUCAUGUACCUGUGUGAACAAGUGGAUAUACAUGUGUUUGGUGGAAAUGCUACCACCAGCCUGCUUGCAGCACUUUACAGCUUUAUUCGUAGCAUUGUGGCGGUAGCUUUACUCUAUGGAUUGUGUUAUGGUGCUCUUAAGGAUCCUUGGGACGCUCCGCAUGUUCCUGUUUUGUUCUCCAUUUUCUGUGGUGUGUUAGUGGCAGUUUCUUACCAUCUCAGCAGACAGAGCAGUGACCCCUCUGUCCUCAUCUCACUGGUGCAAUCAAAACUCUUUCCAAACAAUGAGGAUAAAAAUCCAGAGGACCCUCUGUCUGAGGUGAAGGACCCUCUUCCUGAGAAGCUAAGAAAUUCUGUUAAUGAACGACUGCAGUCUGACCUGGUUGUCUGUGUCGUGAUAGCAGUUUUGUAUUUUGCAAUUCAUGUCAGCACUGUGUUUACAGCAUUACAGCCUGUUCUGAGUUACGUUCUCUAUGCAGUAGUUGGGUCAGUUGGAUUCCUAACACACUAUGUUCUGCCACAAGUCCGUAAGCAGCUUCCCUGGCACUGCUUCUCUCACCCGCUGCUAAAAACAAAAGAAUAUUAUCAGUUUGAAGUUCGAAAUGCUGCUCACAUGAUGUGGUUCGAGAAGGCUCACGUCUGGCUGCUUUUUGUAGAGAAAAAUGUUAUUUACCCACUAAUCGUUCUCAAUGAGCUCAGUAAUGGUGCCAAGGAGAUAGGAAGCCCUAAAAGACUGGGUGCAGAGGUUGGGGCCUUGUUGAUCACCAUUGCUGGUAUGAAGCUGCUAAGAUCGUCUUACAGUAGCCCCACCUGCCAAUAUGCCACAUUCAUCUUCACUGUACUCUUCUUUACGUUUGACUACAAGGAUUUCUCAGAGAAACUACUGCUAGACCUCUUCUUUAUGUCCAUACUCUUCAGCAAGCUGUGGGAGCUGUUUUACAAGUUGCGCUUUGUCUACACAUACAUUGCUCCGUGGCAGAUCACAUGGGGAUCAGCAUUCCAUGCCUUUGCCCAGCCAUUUGCUGUACCUCAUUCUGCAAUGCUGUUUGUCCAGGCAAUUGUAUCUGCUUUAUUUUCAACCCCCCUCAACCCUUUCCUCGGGAGUGCAAUAUUCAUCACGUCAUAUGUGAGACCUGUUAAGUUCUGGGAGAGAGACUACAAUACAAAGCGUGUGGAUCACUCAAAUACAAGGCUGGCCUCUCAACUUGACCGGAACCCAGGCUCAGAUGAUAACAACCUUAAUUCCAUUUUUUAUGAGCACCUGACACGCUCCUUGCAGCACAGUCUGUGUGGGGAUCUCCUGCUUGGACGCUGGAGCAACUACAACACUGGAGACUGUUUUAUCCUUGCCUCUGAUUAUCUCAAUGCCCUGGUACACCUUAUUGAAAUUGGAAAUGGACUUGUCACCUUUCAGCUCAGGGGCUUGGAAUUCAGAGGCACUUAUUGCCAGCAACGUGAGGUGGAGGCCAUCACUGAGGGCGUGGAGGAGGAUGAAGGCUUUUGUUGCUGCGAGCCUGGACAUGUUCCCCACAUGCUGUCUUUUAAUGCCGCCUUUGGACAACGAUGGCUGGCAUGGGAAGUGUUGGUGACCAAGUACGUCCUAGAGGGCUACAGCAUCACGGACAACAGUGCGGCCUCCAUGCUGCAAGUGUUCGACCUUCGGAGAAUUCUAACCACCUAUUAUGUUAAGGGCAUUAUCUACUAUGUGACCACGUCUGCCAAACUGGAGGAGUGGUUGGCUAACGAGACUAUGCAGGAAGGCCUCAGACCAUGUUUUGAUCACUGUUAUGUGGAUGUGGACCCUACAUUCAAUCCGAACAUCGAUGAAGACUACGACCUCCGCUUGGCUGGCAUUUCACGAGAGAGCUUCUGUGCGAGCUACCUAAACUGGAUCAAGUACUGUUCCUCCAGGAGAGAGAAGCCCCUCGAAGCAGAUAAGGAUUCUGCCUUGGUGACACUUUGUUAUGGACUUUGUAUACUGGGGAGAAGAGCCCUCGGCACAGCUUCCCAUCACAUGUCCAGUAACUUGGAGUCUUUCCUGUAUGGUCUGCAUGCCUUGUUCAAGGGAGAUUUCCGCAUUUCCUCUAUUCGUGACGAAUGGAUAUUUGCAGAUAUGGAAUUGCUUAGAAAGGUGGUAGUCCCUGGGAUCCGCAUGUCACUUAAACUUCACCAGGACCAUUUCACCUCUCCCGAUGAGUAUGACGACCCGGCAGUGUUGUAUGAAGCCAUCAUGUCUCAUGAGCAGAAUUUAGUAAUUGCCCAUGAGGGUGAUCCAGCGUGGAGGAGUGCAGUUCUCUCAAACUCUCCCUCGCUGCUCGCUUUGCGUCAUGUCAUGGAUGACGGAACCAAUGAAUAUAAGAUCAUCAUGUUAAAUAAGCGCUAUCUCAGUUUCCGAGUCAUUAAGGUAAACAAAGAGUGCGUGCGUGGGUUGUGGGCUGGACAGCAACAAGAACUGGUUUUCCUUCGGAACCGCAAUCCGGAGAGAGGAAGCAUUCAGAACGCGAAGCAGGCUCUCAGGAACAUGAUCAACUCCUCUUGCGACCAGCCUAUCGGGUAUCCCAUCUACGUGUCGCCACUGACAACCUCCUACUCGGACAGCCAUGACCAGCUGAAGGAAAUUCUUGGGGGGCCAAUAAGUGUGGCAAAUAUCAGGAACUUUAUUGUAUCUACAUGGCACAGGUUAAGGAAAGGCUGUGGUGCAGGAUGCAAUAGUGGCGGAAACAUUGAGGAUUCGGGCACUGGAGGCGGGACCUCCAUAAAUAGUAACAACCCCUCAAAUGCUAAUGAUGCUCAAAUCAGUGUAUCGCAAGGGGGCAUACCUGGAGGAACAGGACAUGUACAGACUUCUCGCCUCCAACCUCCAGGAGUUCCCCACUUAUCAACACUAGGAACCAGCCACAGCUCCCACUCCAUGCAGUCCAGCCUUGUCAGACAUUCCCCUGCUCGUGGUUCUGUAGCUAGUCAAUCCUCUUACUGCUACAACAGCCGUCACUCCUCACUUCGGACUUCUACUACAGGUUUUGUGCCUUGUCGGCGCUCCUCUACCAGCCAGAUCUCUCUCCGCAAUCUCCCCACGUCCAUCCAGUCCCGUCUGUCUAUGGUAAACCAAGCAGAACCUACAAGUCAGCCUGUGGUGAUUGGUCUUCCUUCCUCCAGCAGCUCCAGCCAGAGUAUACCUGCAUGCAAGCGGCACACUUUAGUCGGCUUUUUGGGAACUGAAGGAGGAAAUAACCUCAUCGAAACACAGUCUUGCGGCAAUUCAAGUCCAGCAUCACAUUCAAGAGCCAAAAAAGAUGACGUCGUUUAUAGAGUACAGAUUGUGGAUCCAAGCCAGGUGCUUGAAGGAGUUAAUAUAUCCAAACGAAGAGAGUUGCAGUGGCCAGACGAGCUUGUUCGGCUAAAAGCCGGGAAAAAUAGCUGGAAAGACUGGAGCCCUCAGGAAGGCAUGGAAGGCCAUGUAAUUCACCGCUGGGUGCCUUGCAGCAGAGACCCAUGUAAUAGGUCCCACAUUGACAAAACUAUCCUGCUGAUUAAGAUUGAGGACAAAUAUGUUGCUGUGAUUGAAACUGGGGUGCUUGAGCUCGGGGCUGAAGUGUGAGCCUGCGGUUCAAUCAUCUUUUGAAGCUUUCAGUGAGGAGUGAACUGUUAUAACUCUGUUUGGGGACAGAGAGGUUCAAGAUGGAUAAAGGGCAUAGAUGCAGCCCAAACGUGUAAAGUUAUUAUUUUUCUGGUUUUAUUUUAAUCAUCCUCGGAUGUUCACCUGCAUAAAGGAUAUAAACAGAAAAAUUAUAAGACCAUUAACUUAUAUGUAUAAAGAAAUAAUGCUAUGCAUUUCAUAUGCUUUAAGUCCGAAACUAUUGUAUUUCUCCGUUCAAAAUAUGGUCUUCAUAUUUUUCUAAUUUAUUUGCCAAAAAUAAUUGCCAUGUCUCAUAUUGUAGCAUGUUGUAUUAUUUUUUAUUUUAUUUUUUAUAUUAUUGCAGUACAUUUUUCUUCAACUGUGCAAAUAGUCCGUCUUUCUGCAAACUGUAAAUGUUUCUACACCAACCAAUACUGCAUACUCAUUUUUUUGUUUUGGAUUUUAAUUCCCCCCCACCCCCAUCCCCGUGGCAACUUUAUUUUUAUUGAGGAAACUGCACUAAACCAUAUUUCUUAAAACAAUGCACUAAGAGAAAAAAGAAAAGUCUGAUAUUGGUCAGAAUGUUUAUUUAUAAAUAUAUAUAGAUAUAUAAAUAUACAAAAACAAAUACCAUAAUUUAAAUUGAUUUUAUUAAGGAACAAUAAUCCCUUUUGGCUCUCGUCCCUUCCUUGUCCUAUAAAAUACUUCUUCUUUACAAGACUCUCGACCCUUAGAUUACACUCCAGUGUACUGAAGCCAUGCCUUCAGUUUAGUGAUGAAACAAAACACUGCAUUCUGAUGGAAUUAAAAGUCCCAUUAAUAACCGUCCUAGAAUCUGAUUUAUAUUGCAAUGUGCUAUCUUGUCACCCAACAGGAGGUAUACAUCUAUAUUUAACUUCUCUGUGUUACUUAAAUCUCAGAUUAAGGGGUCUACGUACUAAAGGACAGUACUCACCGGCAGAUCAGGGGAGAGAUGUCUGCUGUGCGUGCGGGGGAGGGACGGGGGAUGGGGGCGCUCAUUUCACCCAGCAGGUGAAAUGAGCAACCUGCUAGAUUGAGGCCAGUCUAGCAGCAGCGAUAGCGACUCGCGGGGCCACGCAUCGCUAUCGCUGUGGGGGAUACACACGGAGAGAUCUUGCUGAAAAUCUAAGCAAUCUAGUCAGAUUGCUUACAUUAUCGCUCCGUGAGUACCCCCCUUAAGCCUUGCAUGGAGAUAAAGUGGGACAUUUACUAAGCAGUGAUAAGAGUGGAGAAGUUGCCUCAUCAACCAAUCAGCAGCUCUGUAUAAUUUUAUAGUAUGCAAAUUAUAGAUGUUACUUUAGUGCUGAUUGGUUGCCAUGGGCAACUUCUGCACUGGCUCACUUCUCCACUCUUAUCACUGCUUAGUAAAUGUCACUCAAAGUACCAGCCAAUCGGCUCCUGCCUGCCAUGUUACAGCUGUAUUUGAACAAUGACAGAGGGGAGCUGGUCGGCUGGUACUUUAUCUCCAUUCAAGGCUUAGUGAAUAGACCUCCAAGAGUUGAUGGCUAAGAGCAUUAUUUGCAUUUAAAUAUCAUUUGAUGAUGUGUACACUGGCCAUCACCAAAAUAUAAUGCGUAAUGUAAGAAGUACGGAGUCAUUUGUAUCCCUAGGAUUUCUGUUCCCCCAAAACAACCACCUAUAUACCUGACUGCAGGGAGGUUGUUUUACAGAGGCAGACGAAAAGCCGCACAGGGGCUACUUCCCAUUGCUUGUGAGGAAAGAAGGAAUGGUCGUAAUCUUUAAUAUGGGACAUCUUGCAUCAUUAUGAAAGCAUAGCCAAACAAUUUCCUGUUCUAUGUUCUUCCUCCCUGUAAUAUCCUACAUAUGAUAUGAAAGGUUUCAGUAUUUAUAACGCUGAAACUGAAUUAUAAAUACCUGUUUUGAAUAUGUUGGUUUACUAGAUUGAAUUUUUCCAAGCGUUUUCUGGGUGUGAAGAAUAUCUUGUAGCUGUGUUGUUUGUAUAAGAUCCUUAUCCGCCUCAAUCUUUCUAUAUAAAGUAAUGCUUUUUUUCGAUUUGGUGGCCAAGAAUGGCAAGAGCAGCCAAUUUUUAAUAAGAAUGUUCGGAUAUGACAUUGCAUUGCCUUUACUUUCCAUUUUUUAUUGUUAUUAUUUUUUUUAUUUAUAAUUUAUUUAAGAUUUCUUUUUGUAUUCGUUAGGUAUAGAAGCUCAGGAAAAAAAGCUGUGUGUAUUGAACAUUUUGCAAUAUGUUUCUUGUGCUGUUUAGAAAGUUGGGCGCCGUGCCUAAUAUUGCAAUGUUAUCCAUUGAUUACAAAAUAACUUAAUUUAUAAGAAAAAAAAUGAACAAAACGUGAGUUAGUUUUUAAUUUGAUGCCAGUGUUCAUUGUCUUAAUUAUACAAAUUAAAAAUUUGGGGUCUGUU